UUUGUCAUCUUUUUUUGCCUGAUCUGGGAGCAGUCUUGCUUAGUGAGGGCUUGAUCUUCACCAUUGUAAAGCUGAUCUCGAACCUGCAAUAACUUCUUACAACACACUGUGCAGAUGAGGAAGAUAUUACAGACAAGAUGGGGCAAAAAAAAAAAAAAAUGCAGACUGUGUCUUGAGGUUUAGUUGAGUUGUUUGCGAAACAGGAAAAACAUUUGUUGACACUUUCACUUUUCAGAGCGCACUGCCUGUUACUUCCAUCGACUUAGUCUUCUGUGAGACAGAAAAGACACAUGGUUGGAUUAUACAUAAAGGGACAGGCGCUGUCACCUGUAUGGCAGGAGGCAAGUAGGUCCCACAUGAGGAACAGUGCUAUCAGGAUGUUGAUGCUGGAUGGGAUGCCAGCCCUGCCAGUUAAAAUCGAUCCUGCAGAGUCACAGAGACGGUCUCCUGUGAUCCAUGACUAUACAGAGAUGGGCGUGUUGGUGUUAAACCGCAGAUUUCGGACACAGUCGGAUGACAGACGGUUCCUGUCCGACCCCUUCCAGACGCAAACAGAGCCAGUGGACCUGUCCACCAACAGAGCCAGAACCUCCCCGUCACUUUCAGCACCGUCAUCUUUAUCCUCGUCUCCCUCGUCCUCGUCCUCAUCGUCAAUACGAUUCUGUCCACGGUCCCCUCCUUCCAGCAAGUCUCUGUCAUCUUCAUCACCGUCAUCAUCAUUAUCCAUGCCUUUAUCUUCCUCGACUUCAGUGAUAACCCCAGUUCCUCGUUUGAAGAUGUCUCCGUCCUGCUCUGGCCCAGUGCUGGCAUCUCCCCCAUCCAGGAGUCUCCAGGGGCAGUCGUUUUUGCACAUACCCCAGCUGAUGCCUCCUUGCUCCAGCCCGAUCCACCUCCACCCACGCAGGGUGCCGGUGGUGAUGCAGCCCAUGCCGCUGAUCUACACUGGGGUGAGAUCGCUGGGUAACAGCAGGCUCAUGAUGCCGCUGCUAGAGGAAAACAGGAUGCACAGGAAAGUCACACACCGAAUCGCAGAUGGACUGUCACCACGGCGAUCUUUGAGUGACAGCGAGGAUGAUGACCUGCCCAACGUGACCUUGGAGAGUGUGAAUGAAACAGGAUCCACAGCCCUGACUAUCGCCCGCGCUGUCCAAGAUUCCCUGUUGCCGUUCAGUAUUGAGAGUCUGCGGAGGCCCCGGCCUUCAGAGUCGCCCGACUCAAAGAGAAGACGCAUUCACAGGUGUGAGUUCGAGGGCUGUAAUAAGGUUUACACCAAGAGCUCUCAUCUUAAAGCCCACAGACGUACACACACAGGUGAAAAGCCAUACAAGUGCACGUGGGAUAACUGCACAUGGAAGUUCGCUCGCUCUGACGAGCUGACACGGCAUUACCGCAAACACACCGGUGUUAAACCAUUCAAAUGCAGCGACUGCGACCGCAGCUUCUCCCGCUCGGACCACCUCGCCCUCCACCGCCGCAGACACGUCCCACAGACAUGCAUAGUGUGAGAACGACACUUGACGGACAACAUAAGCAGACGGAGCGGGUCUCUGUCUGCCAGUGUCGCAUGCAGAAGGUCUGGAAUGAUUCCCCGCACAACAAUAAUGAGGUGAAGGACAUGGGAGUUAGGACAGGAAGAUGAGAUCUGCCUUGCCUCAUAUUGUUUAUCUUCUGCACUUUUAUGUGAGGUUUAUUCAUGAAGGAGUCUUGUACUAAUGAACUAUUAAAAGCCAUUUGCUGUUAAAUAUAUUUGAUUCUCCAAACUUUCAGGUUUGCCUUCAGGUUUACUCAUAGAAGCCUCAUGGAAUUGCAGUUUUUUAUUUUGAACAUAUUUAGAAUUCAUUUUGUAAUAGCCUACUUAUUUUUUGUCUAAAAAGCAUUGCAGAGUAGCCUAAGCCUGUGCAAGAUUUGGUUUUGCUUUUUGCAAAUAAAUGUCACUUUGAAAAAAAAAUAGGUAAUAAUGGCAGGGUAAUAAUGGCAUGGCAAUAAUGGCACAAACACAUUAGACAAAAACAUAAUGACAUUAUAACAAUGCAUUUACUGCAAGUUCACUUUUUAGCUUCAAACUCUGCAUGGGCUACAGUUAUCACUUUAUUAUGAAAUCUGAAGUUGUUUAUAUAUAUAUAUAUAUAUAUAUAUAUAUAUAUAUAUAACUGAAUGUGAGGAGAUGGUCGUACCAUUAAUGUAGUGUUCUGUCCUCUCAGGACUCGUCAUAUGAGAGAGACAUUCUCUCACACCUUUUUAAACUUUCCUUGCAUCAUUUGUGCACAAAACUAGUGUAGCAGAUGUCUGUAUAUUUUAUAGUCUUUACCAUGUGGUAUCUAAUUUUUGUUUGUUUGUAUGUAUGUCAUAUAUUUGUUCUGUAUUCUAAGAUUUGCACCCUUCUGUCCAUAAAUAUGUGAUGCCAAAAUUUAUAGUAUUUUACAGGGAACCCACUGACUAAAAAUCAUGUGUGUAAAUUAACGUCAAAUGGGCAUUCCUUUUUUUCUCUUCUACAAUGAUGUAUCUGUACAUGAUGUUAUGGUAAACAUUUCAGUUUUAUAUGGAUCUAACUGUGAAUUUAUAUAUAAAUACAGUAUAUGUUAGAAAAAGGCAUGAAUAAAAGCACCGAUUUGUAUGUAGAGAAAA